CUUUCCCCAACUUCACUAUACUAGCUAGUGACGCGUUUCAAAAGUGCGUACAAACAGUUGUAACACCUUUUCCAUGGUAGAUAACCAUAGCUGAAACGUGUAAUCAUUUUUUAAAAAUCUGUGUGGAUUGAUACAAAACAAGGAUCUAUCAAACCCUGCUUACAGAACAAUACAGAUCGAUUCAUCGAUGAUUCAGUUGUGCUUUUGUGUUCUUACGAUUUAGGUAAGAUCGACGCAUUCGCUUUAACUUGCUCAACACGUAGUUGUUUUUGUAGAGAUAGGUGAUUUAACAGAAAACGAUAUACCAAACAUGAGUUUACCGUCGAGGCAUUCGGUCAGAAAAGGAAAUGGGAAGGGUCUGAGAGCACUAGCAGCAGGGUCACUGUCGCUCGCCCGGGCCCACGUGGAACUCUUAAAGACGGAGAAAUUCCUGGAGGGUGAAUUAGAAAAGGAAUGUAGGAAACCCCCGGAUUCUCAGAUCGGACGAUUACGGUUUGCUGGACAUCACUUUAUGCAUUCGAAAAACACGUUGCUGUUCAUAGUGAUACUGAACAUACUGGAUUGUGUUUUGGUCUUGGGAGAACUCUUUCUUGACAUAUAUUACUUAAAAGGUGUCAUGGACAAAGAAGAACUCGGUGCUAGUUUGUUCAUGGAAGGAAUGAAGCAGUUAUACCCCAGAGAGUUAAUAAACGUAGCAGAGACAGAUAUUGACAGACUAUACAACAUCAUUUUAUCCAGCACCGUGGAUUUCCCUUCAGCUUCCAGUAAUCAACAUAAUACCUUAGCCAUUCAGUCUUCAGACACAAUUUACAGUGAACAAUUCAAAGUAAACUAUAACGAGUCUUUAGGAAAUUCAAACCACAGUGUUGUCAAACGAAGUGUUUUGUAUGAAGAGCCCAGACUAAACAAGACUCUAACAAUACCGGGGGCAGACAACAGUCCUCCUGUGCAGUAUAGAAUAGAAGUCAAACUGGCCCACUUGUUUCAUUACUUCAGUUUAUCCAUUCUUACCAUACUGGUUAUCGAGAAUAUAUGUAAGGUUUUCUGCAGCGGGAAAGAAUUCUUUGAGAAAAAGUUGGAGGUGUUCGACGCCGUCGUGGUUGUUUUUUCCUUCGUACUGGACCUUGUUUUCAUCAAAGGCAUCCAUGUGUUUAAAGUGCAGAAAUUCCUCAUCAUUUUAGUGAUCCUUGUUCCAUGGAGGAUAAUACGCGUCGUCAACAGUCUUAUAGUUGCCGUAACAGACCAUGCCCAUUUCAGGAUGAAAUUACUUUAUAAACAGAAGAAAACUGUAACACAAGAUUUAAGAGCUAGCAAGAACGACAUAAAGACACUACAAGACUGUGUAGAGUCGUUACGAGAAUUAGCAUUGCUGGCUGGUGUCUCGAAUAGUGAGGUGGAUUCGCAGAUAGCAGCAUACAAAAUAUCGACGAAAAAGGAAAAACAUCACAACAAUGUGAGUGAACACAGCUUCCUUUCCUCGUUUGCAGUAGGACAUUUGGGGUUCAACGAUGUAGACCAUUUACAACGUCCUGGCAGACAAAUCAGCACAUCUGAGAGCGCUGAAUUGAUAUCAGUGAAGAUUAGUUUAGAUGACACAUAGUCACAUAUGAUCGUGAGAAGAAUUCCCUAUGUAGGUUUUUUUUUUUUUAGAAAGGUGCUCCUGAAUAUAAUUGUUAGGAAGUGCAGAAACCAAUUAGUACAUUGUCAUUUGUAAAAUGCGCAUUUAAUUCAACUAAGGGAGAUGACCUAUCACGAACAACUAGUUUUACGGGUGUUGAACAUACAAUUAAUAAUUACAGUUAUAAAGAACAUUAUUCUACAUCACUAUUACAAAAUAAAAGAGAACAUUUCAAA